UUUUUUUUUUUCUAUCGACGCGCUUUUUCUUUGUUUUUUAUUCUGCAUGAUUCAAUCGCGACAACAUGACUGCGGCAAUGAAUGAACAUUUGAGCUCAACUACAGAGAGAAUUGAGCAACCUCUUCAAACAGAUGUUACGGCUUCGUCAGGAACGAUACAAGCUGACUUGUCUAGCCAGGUACCAGUGUUUUUGGCGGCGCCCGUCAACUGUAAACUCUUUGUGAACAAGCUAACAGCGCAGGGUUCCGAAUAUCGUCUUGCGGAAAUUCUUUCCUCGCGUGAUACAGCAGCUCAUGGGUUGGAAUACUAUGUUCACUACACAGAGUUUAAUAAACGGCUGGAUGAAUGGGUAUCUGUAGAACGACUUGAUUUCUCACGGCCGAUUCAGUUUCCAACCAGGCUGACACAGAUACCAGCGCGAGAGCAUGAGGAAAAGACGGAACAGAACACGUUUUCAAAAGAUCGCGAGAUUGAAAACCUGAGAACGUCUGGUUCGAUGACGCAAAGUAUACAAGAGAUUGCCAGAGUUAAAAACUUGAACAAAAUUCAAAUGGGACGACAUGAAGUAGAAGCGUGGUAUUUCUCACCUUAUCCGAUGGAAUACGCGCAUAGCGAUACACUUUAUAUAUGUGAAUUCUGUCUUUCGCAUUAUAUAUCCAACAAGCAAUUGAGUCGACACCGAGGCCGAUGUCAAUUACACCAUCCACCGGGCAAUGAAAUCUAUCGAAAUGAAGAAAUUUCAUUCUUUGAAAUUGAUGGACGUAAACAAAAGGUAUGGUGUAGAAAUCUUUGUCUUUUAUCCAAAUUGUUUUUAGAUCACAAGACGUUAUACUAUGAUGUGGAUCCAUUUUUAUUUUAUUGCAUGACGGAGCGAGAUGAAAACGGAUAUCAUUUGAUUGGCUACUUUUCAAAAGAAAAAGAAUCGUCCGAAAGUUACAAUGUGGCAUGUAUUUUAACUCUUCCGCAGUACCAAAGACUUGGUUACGGCCGACUUUUAAUUGCAUUUUCCUAUGAACUAUCAAAAGCUGAAGGGAGAUGUGGUUCGCCAGAAAAACCACUCUCUGACUUGGGAUAUUUAUCAUAUCGUGCUUUCUGGACUGAAACUAUUGUUGAAUUCUUAUUAUCCAAUGCAACGGAGGAAACAACGAUUGAAGAAAUUUCACAUCGAACUUCAAUUACCACUACCGAUAUAGAACUUACCUUAUCUUCUAUUGGGGCUUUAAAAUACUACCGUGGACAAAACAUUAUUUGUUUAGGUGAUAAGGUGGUUGAACAAUGGGAAAGAAAUUAUGAAAAGAGGAAGCUCAGGAAUCGUACAAUUGUACCAGAAAAAUUGGAUUGGAAGCCUAUUCAUUUUACCCCAUCUCAACUAAGAUUUCUAUAAUAUCAUUUGUAAAUAUAACCCCGAAUUGCAUACAACAACCGAAAAAAAAAAGAUACUAUAAAACAUCUAUUUGUUUCUAUAGUGUGAUCCGUAUAUUCGUAUAUC